AUGCUUUUAGACGCACCCGUGAUCUGGGGCAUUGGGAAUCAGCCAAGCGUGUCGCUCUCUACUCCGCGAGGCGGAGUACAUCGCGCUAGGUUGGUAAGGUUGGAUAUCCAGGAAGGCAAGUGGAUCCAUUGCUUGCGGUGUGAGAUCAUGACGGCUGCUAGCGAGGAAGGACCUGAGCUCAUGAUCGAUGAAGGUAAUCAAUCGUGCAUCAAGAUGACGAAGAUUCCUGUCAACCACGGCCGUGCCAAGCGCAUUGACAUAAAAUAUUAUCACAUCCGUGAUGAAGUCAAGCGCGGUGAUGUCAAGCUUGAGUGCUGCGAAACGACGGUGAUCUUGGCGGACAUCAUGACCAAAGGACUUCUCGGACCACACCACAAGGACCUGACGACAGCUCUCGUUGACCGUGCGUGUUAG